ACGGUUGUUCCAUGUCCUUAUGCUACAGAAUCCCGCUCUGCGCUUCUUGAAAGAACACCGCAAGGAGUAACAUGGCGAACUUCUGGGUGGGGAAACUCGACCCCAAACUUGAUGAAAGGCUUGGACAUAGACGAGACAAACUCAAGCUGAGGGGAAAUGGAAAAUACGUACUACCCGAGGCGACGUUUCCGAGUCUGGAAAGGUGGUGGGCCGAUAAACAGCGUGAGAAGGCCGAGCAACGCGAGGCUGCAAUUAGGGGGAUUGCGAGAGAUCCAAGUGGCUUUCAAAAUGUCGAUGACUUCUUUGAUGUCUGGGGAAAGAUACUGGACGAGGAAGAAAAGGAAAAAGGACCACGUGUGAGAGAAAAAGUGAAUGUAAUGGAUGGGAAAACUCGCCGACAGCGAUACAUGGAAAGGCGGCCUAACAGAAGGUUUCCCCCACUCUUAUCCGAGACGUACCCCGGUCUGAGCAUAUGUCCUGCACAACAAGAAUGCAGCAGACCCGAGGCUCCAGGGAAUGAGUUGAGAGAUUGCACCGAAGGAGAGAACUCACAUCUGGAGGACAGUAGAGCAUCUGCCGAGUUUGCGAGGCGAGGUUCGAGCUCCAAAGGUGCAAGCAACCCACGUGAAGAAGCUGCCAGCUCUGCAGCAGGCAGCCUGGGUGAACCAUGUCCUGAGGUGGCUGUGGCAUCUCAGUGUGAGAAGACAGCUGGGGAAACCGGAGAAGCUGGCAUGAGGAAGUCCUUCGAGGAACGUACCGGGAAGAACGGUCUUCCAGGGGCUCUGGAACAGUCAAGGGAAUCUGGUGACCAUGCAACCCGUGUCGGGGAAAUGGACAGUGAGCUCGGCGAUGGCUUGGAAAUUGAAGGACCUGAUGCAAAUCAAGCGGCAAUGAGAGGACCGCAUAGCUCGUUGAUGAAAAAACUUAAGGAGCACUUGUGUGGGGGCACGGAUGCGUCAGAGGCAGGCCAUCACUCUGAGGAAGAAUGUGGGGUGAAUGAGCCACCGCCGCCUGCACUUGGCGACGAUCAGAACAAGGGAAAGCGAGGACAAAUUUCUGAAGACCUUCCCUGUUGCCAGUUGUCUGAACCAAGGCAAGCAUCUAGGUCUGCUUGCAAAUCCACAAGUAUCAGCUCAACGAGGGGACCGAAGGUGUGUGGCAGUGAUUCGUGCAGCACGGCAGGGAGGAGCUUACGGACACAAGAAAAACAGUGCAAUAAUGAGAGUCACAGCCGUGAGGCAGGAACUAGUCAUGGAGAGAAAAGUGAGAAGGGCAAAGCAUGGGAAGAUGGGGAGGAACGUGGGACAGACAGGCGAUUGGUGCAUGGUUUGCGUGGGACGACAUCAGCAGCCGCAAGUGAAACUAUGUCUCGAAAGAUUCCCGGAGGUCAAUCAUGUGGACCAGGGAAAGCCUCGGGGGAGUGUUGUGCUGAUAGAGGAGUGUCAGGACCUCUUGCCAUGAAGAGCCUGCCAGAGGGAACGCCACAGGGGAGUGGGCUGGUGCGUGGAGAUGGUGGGAUUGCGGAUGAGAACGGCGAUUGUCUGCCUAGCUCGAGUUCCACGUGCCGUUCGAGCAUCCAGCUACCGAGGAUGUAUGACAGCGAGUACUGGAGUUCGACAGGAUGUGUGCGUCAGAAGCAUAGGCGGUUGCCACAGGAGCAGCCGUGCGGAAGCAGCGGCGCGGAUCAGAAUUUCAAAGCCCGCGAAGACAGAGGGCGAAGUGGACUCCGCAGAAAGGGCGACAGCGCCCAACUUUCUCAACAAGGGAUUGGUCAAGAAGCGCGAGCUGCAAUAAGACAGAUGGAUGAGGAAAUUGCCCAAAGACGGGAUCGACUCCACCAAGCGCAGCAAGUGGCGGACAUGAUUGCAGCCAGUAGGAACCAUCUUGAUAAUACAUCGGCUCAAAUGUUCCAGCAGUUAAGGGACUCGAUGGAUGCGAUGAAGAAGCCUGAGCCCACACGAAAGGGAUGGAGCAGGUCCGGGAAGUCGAGAGUGAGCAUGGUGAUGGAAAAGUUAGGCGCAAUGGCCCCGGCCGGGUCAGCAGAGGGCUUGGGGGUUGCAGAGAAGUUGGCCGUUGCUCGAGGACAGGAUCUGACAGAUGUUUCUGGAACACAACACGGUAUGGAGGAUAUUUUGGCUGUACACAGUAAGGACGUUGAAAUGGAAGAGGAAGGGGAGGAGGAGCUGAAAACAUAUGGCUCGACAGUCGUGUCUAAGAUGAACAGUCACACUGGUCAGUCUUUCCCUGAGUCAGUGGAGAUGACGUCUGUGAGACAUCCCGACGAUGUACGCGUACUUUCCGAUAGCAGCGGGAUUGCAACGGAGGAGGUCGAUUGCCAAGUCUCUGGCAGUGAGGGAGUAAGUUGCAGUGAGGAUGGGACUGUGACAUGUAGGCCACAUGAGGUAGAGCGGCUGUUGAAAAAGCCGGCAGGUAGGCAUCGAAAGUCUAGGUUCUCCUUAGCAAGGGAAAAGUUGGCCUCAGCUACCAGCAUCAGCCUUCAACAGAGCACAAUCAUCGAGGGGGAUGUUAGUGAGAGUCAGCCAAUGGGAAUGGAUGAUUCAACAGACAAGUGCUUAUCCCACAACCAGAAGGGUGAGGAAGAUGGCACAGAGAAAUUGGCUGGGUUGUUUGAAAGGUCCCGUGGUCAGCCAACGAAAUCCAGGUUCUCUCUCGUGCUGGAGAAAUUGGCCUUGUCAAGCAGCAGUGCGGAUCUCCAGCAGAGCACAGUCGUACAGGGAGAGGCUGGCAGUGAGGGCCAUGGGACAAAGGGAUUGGCUGGGCGUUUUGAAAGUUCGUGUGGUCAGCGGAUCAAGUCCAGAUUCUCUCUCGUGCGCGAGAAAUUGACCUUGUCAAGCAGCAGUGCGGAUCUGCAGCAGAGUACAGUAGAAGGGGAGGCUGAUAGUGAGGAGCAUGGCAUGGCAGCCACAAACAAGAACGAGGACAUGUCCAAGGAGGGACUGAAAGCAGUUGGAGUUCAGAAGGUGAUGGAAGAUGAAGUAGCGGGGAGGUCCGAGAUAACUUGGGCACAAGAACUUCCAUGCAUCAGCCAAUGUAACGAAGACCAGGUACACAAAGAGGCCUGCAAUCAUGUGGAAGAAAUGAGCAGGAGGGGACGUCGGGUUUCUGGUGCUUGUAGAUACAUAGAGAGUCCUGAACAUGACACUUCUAAUCUUUCAAAAGCUGCGGGAACAGAGAUCUCUGUGGGGAGUGAACUUGCUGAGGUGUUUGACUGGCUGAACGCAGACGGAGAGAAGGGAAAGAGGGAGAAAGAAAAUGUGGUGCUGGGAGAGGAGGAGAAUAAUGACGAGGGGGUGGAGGAGGAGGAGGAGGAGCAGGAGGAGGAGGAGGAGGAGGAUCAGAAGGAGGAGGAGCAGGAGGAGGAGGCGGAGCAGCAGGAGGAUCAUGAGGAGGAGGGUGAGAUUUCUGUGCGGAGAGGACUUGCUGAGGUGUUCGACUGGCUGGACGCAGAUGGAGAGAAGGGAGACAAGAGGGAGAAAGAAAAUGUGGUGCCGGGAGAGGAGGAGAAUAAUGAUGAGGGGGUGGAGGAGGAGGAGGAGGAGGCGGAGGAGCAGGAGGAGGAGCAGGAGGAGGAGGAGCAGGAGGAGGGGGAGGAGGGAGAGGGGAAAGGGGAGGAGGAAGAUGUAGAGGAGAUGGGCAAGGUAGAGAAGGUGGAGAAGAUAGAAGAGGAGCAGGAGAGAGAAGAGAAAGAUGAGAGAGAAAACAGAUGGGAAGAGGAACCAGAAGAGGGAGAGGAGAGUGAGCAGGAACGAGAGGAGGAAUACGAGAGAGAAAACAGAUGGAAAGAUGCUGCAGAAGAGGAAGUGGAGAGUGAGGGAGAGGGAGAGGGAGAGGAAGUAGAAAGAGAAGAAUUACGUGAGAAGAUGAUUGUGGAGCCAAGGAGGCUGGACUUCCGGACUGCACUGGACUCUGAAACAGGCGAGAGUCAGGAGGAAGGAUGCACCGUCUCCCAUGCAGAAGAAGGAAGCAUGAGCAGCAUGAGUCCCACACCAAAGAGAGCUAAAUCGUCAAAAGGCACAAAGUCGAAACUUUUGGCGAACAAGGUAAGGAUAUUUAUAUAAUUUUCUGAAUCAGAUCACAAACACUGCUGAGCCUUGCAUUUCUGCCCUUGGAGGCAUCAAGCUUCACAUGACUGU